AUGACGGGCGUUUACCAACAGCCGCAGCAGUCGCGCCAGACAUGCGAGCUAAACUGCAAGCAGAUUCAAGCCAAAGCCACGAGUCUGGCCGCAAGUUGUUGUCGCUUAACGCGUCCCAGUCUCGAUAAGGGAAAUGCAGAAUGUCGUGAGCAACUAAAUUUGCUUAAGAAUCGGAGCUUUAGCUUUGUCGAGCAAUACAGCAUCAAUAUGUGCAUUGAGGAGUGCAACUACAUCAGCUCUGGCUAUAUAGACAUUGAUCCGCCCUUUCGCCUGGACAUGGCCAUUGUGAAGCGUAACCUGGAUAAUACAAUGCCGCAGCCGCAAACGAUAUCCGUUCCCUUUAUGCUCGAUGCAUUUGCCAAGUGCCGGGCAUUCCGCGCCCAGCAUGCCAAACUGUUUGCGGUGCAUCUGCCGGAUAUUGAAUUCAUCACGGAUGACUGUAACUCGUUUGCCUUGCACGUGACCAUCUGUGUGCGCAUUCAUGCGAUGCAGAAAUGCCCCAAGGAGUUCUAUGAGCACAGCAACAGCAACUGCCAAAUGGCGAGGGAGUAUUUCACGCACUGCGUGGAGGACAUUGAAUCAAAUAUAUCCAACUGA